AUGUCUCCACCGGUCAAGUCGUUCGUUUGGAUGAGAAACGAGGCACACGAUAGAUAUAAAGAGUAUAUGAUGACGCAGAAGUUGGCCGAAGAGUUAGCGCAUAACGAUGGAGUAGAGCUUGGAGCCCCCGUAGCCUCUGGAAUAACUUGGGAAGCACCACCUGAAUUGAUGGAUGAGAGUGCCGUCCCAUGCAAAGAGCUGGGCGUUGUUUUUAAAAGAAUACCACCAAGAGCGCCGGGAACUGAAUCUGGCAUACAGUAUAGGAGGAAUAGACUCUCUCACAAGCCUUCAGUCGACCUAGCGCACCUUUUCGACAAUCCUUGUUGA